AACCGUGUGUAAUAGUGAAAACAAACAAGUUCCGGAUACCUUGUUCCGGACAGGACUCUUCGUAACAGUGUGAACUGAACAUACAAGAAGAGAAACAGACUGUGGUGACAAAAGAUGUCUUACAAACCUGUGACCUUCCAUGGUAAAAAUGGUGGUCAAAUUUCACUGGCUGAAAUUAAUGGUUUGUACUUGCCUGUCACUGGGUCUGAGGAAUCCCUGACCAAGCAUCUUGACCGACUGUCUAAUGGACAUUUGCAGGCUCGGGAUAGUGAUGUAGUCAUUUGUGCUUACCCUAAAUCUGGUCUGCAUUGGAUCUGGGAAGUGGUGACCAUGCUAGAGAGAUCUACACCAUCACCUUCAAACGACUUCAUGGAACAACAUUCCUUUGAGUUUUCAUCAAUCAAGCACCUAAGCUCUUUGCAGUCUCCACGUGUAUUUGUAACCCACCUUACAUUUGACAAUUUACCUCAAUCGUUUCGUGACAGACGCUGUAAAAUUGUCUAUAUCUGUCGUGACCCACGCCCUGUUGCUGUGUCCUUUUUCCACUAUGUCCGUCAGAUGAAGGUCAGGGGAACAACUGAUCGUUCUGUGCUCUCUGCAGCCUGGCCAGACUUCCUACAAUUCUUUAAAGAGGGCAAAGUGCCGUUUGGCAGCUGGCUGUCCCAUACAAAAGCUUGGGAUAAGGUGAUCACUGACCGCCCUGGCUACCCAAUACAUGUUGUCAACUUUGAGGACACCAAACAGGAUUCAAUGAAAGAAAUAAUGAAGCUGAACUCAUUCCUCCGGACAAGUGUUUCUAUGACGAUAUGCGCAGAAAUAGCUAACAACACAAAGAUAGAAAAACUUAGGAAACUGAAGGCCACCGUCAGUGAUAACACAAUGAAACAAUACUUUAAGGAAAGCAAGUACCCUAUGUAUCGUAAAGGAGUAACAGAUGACUGGAAGAACUUAUUCACAGUGAAACAAAAUGAGGACAUUAUCCACGGAAACAUGGGACAACUAAGGACCUCUAACAUCAAACUCACCAGUAUGUUGUGAGAUCUCUAGGACUGUGAGAUGUCUAGGACUGUGACAUCAAACUCACCAGUAUGUUGUGAGAUGUCUAGGACUGUGACAUCAAACUCACCAGUAUGUUGUGAGAUGUCUAGGACUGUAACAUCAAACUGACCAGUAUGUUGUGAGAUGUCUAGGAAUGUGACAUCAGACUCACCAGUAUGUUGUGAGAUCUCUAGGACUGUGAGAUGUCUAGGACUGUGACAUCAAACUCACCAGUAUGUUGUGAGAUGUCUAGGACUGUGACAUCAAACUCACCAGUAUGUUGUGAGAUGUCUAGGACUGUGACAUCAGACUCACCAGUAUGUUGUGAGAUGUCUAGGACUGUGACAUCAAACUCACCAGUAUGUUGUGAGAUGUCUAAGACUGUGACAUCAAACUCACCAGUAUGUUGUGAGAUCUCUAGGACUGUGACAUCAAACUCACCAGUAUGUUGUGAGAUAUCUAGGACUGUGACAUCAAACUCACCAGUAUGUUGUGAGAUGUCUAGGACUGUGACAUCAAACUCACCAGUAUGUUGUGAGAUAUCUAGGACUGUGACAUCAAACUCACCAGUAUGUUGUGAGAUGUCUAGGACUGUGACAUCAAACUCACCAGUAUGUUGUGAGAUCUCUAGGAAUGUGACAUCAGACUCACCAGUAUGUUGUGAGAUAUCUAGGACUGUGACAUCAAACUCACCAGUAUGUUGUGAGAUGUCUAGGACUGUGACAUCAAACUCACCAGUAUGUUGUGAGAUGUCUAGGACUGUGACAUCAGACUCACCAGUAUGUUGUGAGAUGUCUAGGACUGUGACAUCAAACUCACCAGUAUGUUGUGAGAUCUCUAGGACUGUGACAUCAAACUCACCAGUAUGUUGUGAGAUGUCUAGGACUGUGACAUCAAACUCACUAGUACGUUGUGAGAUGUCUAGGACUGUGACAUCAGACUCACCAGUAUGUUGUGAGAUGUCUAGGACUGUGACAUCAAACUCACCAGUAUGUUGUGAGAUCUCUAGGACUGUGACAUCAAACUCACCAGUAUGUUGUGAGAUGUCUAGGACUGUGACAUCAAACUCACCAGUAUGUUGUGAGAUGUCUAGGACUGUGACAUCAAACUCACUAGUACGUUGUGAGAUGUCUAGGACUGUGACAUCAAACUCACCAGUAUGUUGUGAGAUGUCUAGGACUGUGACAUCAAACUCACCAGUAUGUUGUGAGAUGUCUAGGACUGUGACAUCAAACUCACCAGUAUGUUGUGAGAUCUCUAGGACUGUGACAUCAAACUCACCAGUAUGUUGUGAGAUGUCUAAGACUGUGACAUCAAACUCACCAGUAUGUUGUGAGAUGUCUAGGAAUGUGACAUCAGACUCACCAGUAUGUUGUGAGAUGUCUAGGACUGUAACAUCAGACUCACCAGUAUGUUGUGAGAUGUCUAGGACUGUAACAUCAAACUCACCAGUAUGUUGUGAGAUAUCUAGGAAUGUGACAUCAGACUCACCAGUAUGUAAGGAGACUAUGGUCAAAUAUAGACCUUGCACUUCAACUAGAACAGUAAAUAAAUAACAACAACUUUACAUGAUUUUACAACUUAGAAUUUAAUGUAUAGUUAAGGUCAUUUGAUAUGCAGUGUUUUCAUUAUAUAUGUAUAUAUUGAA